AUGGAUGAUGGUUAUUUACAGAAUCAAUGGGCACAAGCUAGUGGUAACACAAAUUUAGUUCCAUUAAAUCAUUUACGAAACAGUUACCCUAUCGAUAUAAAUCCAAAUCGUCAAAGUAUUUAUCCGUCGCGUGUGUCAAUGAUUCAACCACAGUUUGGUGGAGGGAAUCCAAAUGCAUGGCUACCAACAAAUAUAAUGAAGGAUACUGAACCAGAAAAGUAAACAGGAAUCUGUUUUUUCCCUCAAGCAUUUAGACUACACUGUAAUCUGGAAUUGAUUUCGAGUUUAUAGAAAAUCGACCGAAAAAUCGCGGAGAAUUUUCUAGUUUAUAGAAACUCCUCGAUGAAUUUCCAGCUUUCUAGGAAAUGUUGAUGUUCUGAAAAUUCGAUUUUCUAUAAAGGUGGAGAAUCGAUCAAAAAGAAAUUUAUACUUCCUUGAAAAUUAUUUAUGGAAAUUCAACGGCGAUUUUCCAGCUUGUUGGAAAUUCGAUUUUCUAUAAACCGAAAUUUCUCCGAGAAUUCCCAUAGGUACUCUUUGGAAUUCGCCCAGCAUUUUACAUAAAUAAUUUCCAAUCUCAGAGUGCAUUCACCGAUCCUGCACAUCCGAUCUGCUAUUAACAAAAUAGACGCUGUCGCUGUCUCAGUGGGUGAAUACAUUUUAUACUAUUAUCCCGUGCAGAAUGUCCUCAACAAACUGUCUCCGACAUAAAUCUGUAACCUUUGAUAUUAGGUUACUUUAAAUCGAACAAACAUAGUUGAAUUUGACUAUAUUUUGUACUUUUUUGUUGGAACGUUUCCCAAGCACUUGAUGAAGUAUUGAAAGUGUCAUGGAAGUACUCUGGUACACAGUUUUGAUUGUUGAAUGCUCACUGUGUGAAUACAUCCACUGGGCUAUGCUAUAGCCAAAGUGACACAUAAUGUAGUC